AUGGUGGGGGGUUCCUCAACCCGAAAGGAGGAAGUACCGAGAGCAAGAGUUAAAGCGUUCCAGAUCACAGCAGAGGAGGCUUGGGAGGAGCCGGAUCUCGUCACUGGUAUAUUUUUCGUGAAUUCUCAUUCUGCACGUAUAUUGUUUGAUUCUGGUUCCAUGUAUUCCUUCGUGUCGCAUGCCUUUGUUCGUUUUCUCGAAUCUGUUCAUGUACUUUUUGAUAGACCAUUUUCUGUGGAUACCGCUAGUGGAACCCCUUUAGUAGCUGAUAGAGUAUUCAAUGAUUGUACAUUAGUAUUGGAGGAUCAAAAUUUCUCAGUAGACUUAAUCCUUAUGGAUAUUCGUGGCUUUGAUGUGGUUAUUGGUAUGGAUUGGUUAGUAGCAAAUCGGGCGGAUAUUAUUUGCGUGCAACGGAUGAUCCGAAUACCAGUUAGUGAAGGAGAUUAUGUUUAUGUGUACGAGAAAAAGGGGUCGGUGACAUCAAGAAACAAGUUGGCCAAGGAUGUACCUGUGGUAUGUGAAUUUCAGGAUGUAUUUCCUGAUGAUUUGCUUGGUCUACCACCGGACAGGCAAGUAGAGUUUCGAAUUGACAAUGUGCCAGGUGCUGCACCUAUUGCACGGACACCCUAUCGUCUUGCCCCAACAUAA